AUGACAGCUCAACCCACAUCUGAUACCACAGCAGAGCAGGACUCGUUUGCUGUCACUCUAAUUAAAGCAAUUCCCAAAUCUCCCUACGAUGAUCUUGGCCUGUACCAACAAAUCCUUAGCAACCGUACAGCCCUUGGCGGCCGGCUUUUCAUCGAUCUCAUGGCCGCAGACAUUGUUGCACUCUCACCACAAUCUCCCUCAGACCCGUUCCCGUUCGAGACCUGGAACACCCUUUACCCUCCCCAAAAUAAGGCUGGUCUAACCCGCCUGCUUCAAACAAUUGAAAAUAAUACCCCCACAGGUACACGUGCAGCUUCCCUCAUCUAUUACCUCUUCCUCGACUACCCACAAAGCCUGCUCCCCCCAGGUGAAUCGCUCGCCAAAUACUACGCAGAAGUUACUGAUCUCCCGCAGGCUUACCUGCACCUUGUUCAAGGACUGCAUGCGCUUGAUACACGUGAUUAUGUUCGUGGGCUUGCUGCGCUUGCCGACCCUGACAUUGUGCCGAGUUACACAGAGCAAAUAGUGGCUGCCUUUAUCCGUGCGCAAACUCAAUCUGCAUCAAUCCACACUUCUACAGCAGCAGCUGCUGCUGCUUCGGCUGCUGCCAAAAGAGAGGAGUCAGUGAACUCUGACAAUAGUACGUUUCUGACAGGCGGAUACUCGCUGGCCAUUGCAUACAUGACUGCAAAAGCACCUCAGAUUGUGACACAGCCCGUCAUUGAGGCCUACGUCAAAGUCUUGUGCCAAACAUCACUCUACGCAGCUCUUGACUUUAUUCGAUGUGUCGACGACAUCAGUCCAAGCAAAGAACAAGCUGAACCUUUGGCUUCGCGUGAUCCUUAUGACGAUAUUAGUGCCAAAACUGCAUUGCUCAAAGUCAUGAUUGAUUCGGUAUUAGUUUUUAAACAUUCUCCCAAGAGUUCGUUGCAAUCACCUUCCAAGCGGCUCUUUAAAGCUGCUCCUAUGGCCUGGCGGUUUGCCAACCUUCCCUUUUCUGUCACAGAGUCUCGUACUGUCGCCACUAUUCUACUCAAUAUAGUCACACUUAGCAAUUUGACAACUUCAACAGAAAGCAGCAGCUUUACUUUGAAAAAUAAUUUGGAACGAGCUAGCAUGGCAAAAGAUAUCUUGCUAUUACGCGCGCUGCAUACUGGAGAAACUGACCUUGCUGUCAAAGUGGCUGCACUUGGAGGUUCGUCACGGUCUGGUAUUACAAAGACUAAUGGAAAGUACGGUGAGUUAGACUUUAGUGAUUUGGCUCGCGGUGUGGAAAUAUGGGACAAUGGCGAGUAA